AUGAUACUUUUUAGCAAAAAUCCCUUCCCUUUGCUCACCAAUGACACCCAGCUAUGGAGGGCGUUAGAAUCCGGUCUAUCGCCUUGGAACUGGGAGCAAUCCUCUCCAGUGGAGAAAAUACUAUCCAAUUGUUGUGUGGGUCCUCCUGACGCACGCCCAGUUAUGCGGGAGGUUUUCCGAUGGCUCAUGGAUGCCUGCGUUGAGCCAGAUUCAUCCCCAAUCCUUGAGGUGUCUGACCCUGAAGCAAAUCGCCCAUUGGCACUGCCUCCAACCGACAGCUCAGUGAAUCCAUUCCUUAUGCCGGAUGGAGACCCUGCCAGUUCAAACGCCGUGACGCCAUCCAAGGAGACGACCACGAAGGUUGAUGAACAAGUAGUUCCUGUUGCCCUUUCACCUGAGGCUCACAAUACAAUUCCCAUGCUGAAGCAGGCUAAGCUACUAUUGCCAAAGGCAACACCUGGACCCCGGGAAGUGAAGGAGCUGACGGUAGAGCCGCCCUCAAAUACUGCUCAACAGUCUUCCCAAGCUCGCAACCACACUCACCACGAUCAGCACGGUGACUCGGCUGGAUCUCGUCUUGGGCCUCCCGGCACCACACGUACUUCGCGGUUCCCCUCCCCUGGUCCUAGCGAUCUGAAGCGACAAGUGUCCCCCGAGCUUGUGACCGCGCUGCCUAGGAGUCGGCUUGAGAGAGAACGUCACGAGCGUCUAAGAGCCGAAGAGGAGUUAAGGCGGAAGGAAGCAGAAGCCCGUCGUAAGCUGGCGGAAAAAGACGUAGAACUCGAUCGUCUUGAGGCUGCUCCAGCCGAUCCAUUGACACAAAUUGCGAUACCCGCAACUGUUGCUGCCACAGCACCUAAGAAGCCUUCAGCAAACGAUUCAGAUGAACAGGGACGCAACAUCACGUCUUAUGACGACGAAGGUGGUGGAUCGUCUGAGGAUGAGGAGGACCCCACUACAGACGAGCACGUACGGAUUCCAUAUCGCCCGAAAAAGCUGAUGCAUGCACGAAAGCGCAAUAGAAAAGUGCAUUUCGUGACAACACACACGACCGCUGGUGGAAUGUCUACACCACCCAGCUCGUUCUCUGUUCUUGCUCCUGCGGAAGAAGCUCAGCGUAGAAGGGAUGAGGCCAUCCGGGAUCGUCUUGCAACGCUUGAGCGGCUGGAACAGAGAGAAAAGGCGGAAAGAGAGGCUCAGGAAAGGGAAAGGGCCGCAACCUUGAAAUCAGUCAACCAGAACCUCUCCAUCGUUCGCGAGCAACCAUCGGUAUCAGACAUUACGGCUCGCCUACCAGCAGCACCCCGAAUCCCAUACCUUUCUUUGCCAAUUCUCCCUGUCCGCCUUGAUACAGCACCUAAGAAGGCUUCAACAAACGAUUCAAAUGAACGAUGCAACGUCACGUCUUAUGACGAUGAAGGUGGAGGAUCGUCUGAGGAUGAGGAGGACCCCAGUACAGAUGAGCACGUACGGAUUCCAUAUCGCCCGAAAAAGCUGAUGCAUGCACGAAAGCGCAAUAGAAAAGUGCAUUUCGUGACAACGCACACGACCGCUGGUGGAAUGUCUACACCACUCAGCUCGUUCUCUGUUCUUGCGCCUGCGGAAGAAGCUCAGCGUAGAAGGGAUGAGGCCAUCCGGGAUCGUCUUGCAACGCUUGAGCGGCUGGAACAGAGAGAAAAGGCGGAAAGAGAGGCCCAGGAAAGGGAAAGGGCCGCAACCUUGAAAUCAGUCAGACAGAACGUCUCCAUCGCUCGCGAGCAACCAUCGGUAUCAGAUAUCACGGCCCGCAUACGAAACAGCUUAGAACAGGCACAACCAGCAGCACCCCAAAUGCCACACCCUUCUUUGCCAAUUCUCCCUGUUCGCCUCGAUCGUGGUCCUCCAGAGAACUCACCAUUCGUGCCCCCUCAGGCGAGUCUUUCCAGUGAAGCGUCGGGACAAACUGUCAGGGAAAAUGUCCGUCGCAUAGAACAGGAUCCGAGCAAACCGCCAAAGCCUCACCCCCACUCCGUGCACUCCAUGACAACACACACGACCGCCGGUGGAACGUCUACACCACUCAGCUCGUUCUCUGUUCUUGCUCCUACGGAAGAAGCUCAGCGUAGAAGGGGUGAGGCCAUCCGGGAUCGUCUUGCAACGCUUGAGCGGCUGGAACAGAGAGAAAAGGCGGAAAGAGAGGCCCAGGAAAGGGAAAGGGCCGCAACCUUGAAAUCAGUCAGACAGAGCCUCUCCAUCGCUCGCGAGCAACCAUCGGUAUCAGACAUCACGGCUCGCAUACGAAACAGCUCAGAACAGGCUCAACCAGGACCCCGAAUCCCACACCCUUCUUUGCCAAUUUUCCCUGUGCGACUUGAUCGUGGUCCUCCAGAGAACUCACCAUUCAUGCACCCUCAGGCGAAUCAUCCCAGUGAAGCGUCGGGACAAACUGUCUGGGAAAACGUCCGUCGCAUAGAACAGGUCAGUUCUAAUUUUCCCACUGCCAGUCCCAACCCCCACUCCGUGCAUUCUGUGACAACACAUACGACCGCUGGUGGAAUGUCUACACCACUCAGCUCGUUCUCUGUUCUUGCUCCUGCGGAAGAAGGUCAGCGUAGAAGGAAUGAGGCCAUCCAGGAUCGUCUUGCAACGCUUGAGCGGCUGGAACAGAGGGAGGGGGCGGAAAGAGAGGCCCAGGAAAGCGAAAGGGCGGCAACCUUGAAAUCAGUCAGCCAGAACCUCUCCAUUGCUCGCGAGCAACCAUCGGUAUCAGACAUCACGGCUCACAUACGAAACAGCUCAGAACAGGCUCAACCAGCAGCACCCCGAAUGCUACACCCUUCUUUGCCAAUUCUCCCUGUCCGCCUUGAUACAGUACCUAAGCCUUCAACAAACGAUUCAAAUGAACAGGGACGCAACGUCACGUCUUAUGACGAUGAAGGUGGAGGAUCGUCUGAGGAUGAGGAGGACUCCACUACAGAUGAGCACGUACGGAUUCCAUAUCGCCCGGAGAAGCUGAUGCGUGCACGAAAGCGCAACAGAAAAGGCUCCAUGCAUUCCGUGACAACACACACGACCGCUGGUGGAAUGUCUACACCACUCAGCUCGUUCUCUGUUCUUGCUCCUGCGGAAGAAGCUCAGCGUAGAAGGGAUGAGGCCAUCCGGGAUCGUCUUGCAACGCUUGAGCGGUUGGAACAGAGAGAAAAGGCGGAAAGAGAGGCCCAGGAAAGGGAAUGGGCUGCAACAGUUAAACGGAAUUUCUCCAUCACUCGUGACCAACCAUCGGCAUCAGACAUCACGGCUCCUUUAUGAAACAGCUCAGAACAGGCUCAACCAGCAGUUGCCCCAAAUGCCAGACCCUUUCUUGUAAAUACGGCGUUCCAAAUAUGGCAACCCGCUUCAGUAGCUUUCACUCACAGUCCCACCUUGGACACCCUAUUCCCACCCCUCGUUAGGUCUGACAAGUAGAACCUUUUGCGACUCACCCAACAGGCCCAAAAUACUAUAAAACGUUUUCAAACUCGUAGAACAUUUUGUUCUAAUUCAGUUUCCCUCGUGACAUUUGCAAAAAUGUUUUCAAAAUGUUUUCAAACGUUUCAACACCUUUUCUGAGCACCCGAUCUAUGGGAAACGAGUGGAAGUCGUUCUCCGAUGCUUCAAGAACGUAGAUUAACUCCAUUUGCAAACCCUAUAUACAUUGUAGUAGUAUAUACAUCACGGGGAGGAUCAAGUAGUAUGUUACAUGUCAAGAAAGCAAUUAGGAAGAGAAUAUAAGCU